AUGGAGCAAAAUCUACCAGUGAUAGCCAAAAGAAUAUGGGAAACUGUACGUGUUAUCUUCUUCAUGCUUCGAAAGGGCAUAUCAAAGAGAAAGCUUCUGGUUGAUCUCAAUAUGAUGCUUAAACGCGGCAACAAGAUUGCAACUAAAGCCAUCGGCAACCUCAUGUUCCACCACCAUGACCACCACCGCAACAUCUCUUUCCCUGCUCCACCCCAGGAGUACGAGUUCAGCUGCAGUAACACCCCCAUGUACUCACUUCCCUUCCAUGUCAACAAGCGCCGACACCACAAUCACCACCAUAAUAACUUCUUCUCAUGUGCAUUCCAUGCGCCACCAACACUUGAUGAUGAUGUUACAACCAUGAACGCUGUGAAGCUGGCUUUGGAGAUGUUAAACAACAAUAACAAUGAGGUGAUGGUGGAGGCGUCACCCAUGUUGCCUGGGUUUGGUCGGAGCCCAAUGGUGAGACAGCUGAGGAUAACGGACUCACCGUUCCCGUUGAGAGAUGUUGACGAUGAUAAUGGUAUCGUGGACAAGAAAGCUGAGGAGUUUAUAGAGAGGUUCUACAAGGAACUGAGGCAGCAGCAAAAGAAAUGA